UUCGAUUCGCCCUCGAUCCGUCUUCGUCGUCCAUCAUCGAAAACUGCGAUCUGAGGAACGAUGGAGGCAAUAGCGCCCAUACUCCUGCCCACGGAGUUCUGCCGGGCGGCAGUCCAGCUUCGGAUCCUCUCGUCACCUACGACCCGAGAGCCAUCAGGCAGCGUUUUGGUGGCCAUCAUCACUAACGACAGCGGCGGCGAUGAGUCCUGUCUCUUUGUUCUGUCGGCACGCAAGCACCAGGCAUUCGAAUGGUCCGACAACGACAAUUCGGCUCCUGCAGCGCGGGAGGUCCAACAAUGGGAGCUUGAAGCCUCGCUUCCUGUCCUCACCGACUUUCAAUUCUCAAUCGGAGAAUACGAGCUCACUUUCCAGAGCGGGAGCGACAAGCCGUACAUUAUGGCCUCCGAGAACACCGAUGCCGUCCAGACUUUUGUACAAGAGCUCCAGAGCGUCGUGUCAACCUGCAGGCAAAACAACUACUGCCGCGGAGGAGCGUCGCACGCCUGGCACGAAGUAUAUGCAAAGAACAUUGCGGAGGGAAAAUAUGUCCAAGGCGAGACAGAGAAGGUCCCGGACGCACAGAGACGAACCAACCCGUUCCUGACCAGCGACGACGCCUUUACGGGCAACCUCAAGCACCUGAAGGAUGCCUGGCUCUCGCAACGCUUGAGAGAGAAAGAGAAUGUGUUUUCGGAGUAUACCAAUGCCAGGAUCUUCAUGGGCACAUGGAACAUCAACGGCAAGGAUCCGUCGAGUUCUCUCUUGGAGUGGCUUCAGACCAGCGACGAUGAGCAACCUGAUAUUUACGUGAUUGGGCUGCAAGAGCUCGAUCUGAGCACCGAGGCUUACAUUGUCGCAGACUCGUCCAAGAGCGAUAUGUGGUCAAAUGCCAUCUUACAGACAAUCGGGAAGGGACUCUAUGUGCAGAUUGCCUGUAAGCAGCUGGUCACGCUGCUGAUUGCUGUCUUUGUCAAGGCCGAGCACCUGGACUAUAUCUCAGAGAUCAGCACCGAAGUCGUGGGAACGGGCAUCCUCGGUUUAAUGGGAAACAAAGGCGGCGUCGGUGUGCGUUUCCGUUUCUACGACUCCUAUCUCUGCUUCGUCAACUGCCACCUUGCCGCCGACACGAACCAGGUGGCGCGCCGAAACCAAGACUACGCCGAGAUCUGUAAACGGAUGCUGUUUCUGUUUGCACAAGGGGCUGAAUCAAAGUACAGCACCUACUACAACUACAUGCAUUCCAAUCCGUGGGUUGCUGGCUACAGCGACUCUGCGGACGAUCUCGAGGUGGUAACGUCGCCAACGAGUGGAUUUGUUGCAAGCCCCAUCACAUCAACAACCGGCGCCACAGUAUUCGACUGCGACCAUCUGUUCUGGGUCGGUGACCUGAACUAUCGCAUCGGCGUUGGCGACAUUGUCGCGCGCAAGUUGCUGGAUAGCGAAGAGUACGAAGAGCUGCUCAUCUACGACCAGCUCCGCAUGCAAAUGGCUGCCGGUAAGGUGUUCCGAACCUUCCAAGAGGGCUCGAUCAAGUUUCCGCCGUCAUACAAGUACGACAUUGGAACAUCCAACUUUGACUCGAGUGAAAAGAAGCGCAUACCAUCGUGGUGCGAUCGGAUCCUCUGGCACAGCAAUCCACUGCACCGAGACGACGCCGAGUGGCUUUCGUUGCUCUGGUACAAAUCGUGCAUGGCGCUGACGCUCAGCGACCACAAGCCCGUCAUGGCGCUCUUCCAGGCCAAGAUCCGGUCUAUCGUCAACGAAAAACUCGUCAAAACGCGCACUGCGCUGAUCCACGAGCUCGACAAGCUGGAGAACGAAUCGAUACCGGAUCUACACGUCAGCACCAACGAGAUUGUGUUUGACAACGUUCGAUUCCUGGUGCCCCAAGCCAAAUCCAUUGUGAUCGAGAACCGCGGACAGGUCAUCGCCAAGUACAGCUUUGCCCCCAAGAUUCCCAGCUCGGCGCCGUCGAAGCCCUGGUGCUUCAUCAGCCCAUCCUCGAGCAUGCUCCUGCCUGGAAAUCAGAUCAAAGUCAACAUCACUGUGAUUGUCAACAAGAAGAUCGCCGAGGAACUGAACUUUGGCAAGGACUCGCUCGAUGAUAUUCUGAUCCUGCACACGGUCAAUGGCAAGGACACUUUUCUCAACGUGACGGGCACCUGGCACGCCAGCUGCUUUGGAUCUGAUCUGCGGCUUCUCUCGCGGAUCGAAAGCCGCCCCAUCCGCGAGCUCAACAGCCAAGACUGCAAGAUCCUCAUGAGCAAGAUCGAUUCCGAGGGCGAAAUCGAGCAAAUCGAGGCGUCGGCGGACGAGGCGGUUGCGCUCCCUCUGGUUUUUACGCGGAUGAUCGGGUUUCUGUCCGAGCACGCACUUGGAGUGGAAAAUGUCUUUACGUCCUUUGGCGACUCGGAGGUCAGCAAUUUUAUCCGACUGUGUCUGGAAACGGGCCAGCCGUUUGUUGCCAGCGCCGAGACAGACUCCCGAGACAUCUUCCGCAAAGGCAAGGAUAUCGCCGUGCACUCGAUGGCCGAGACACUGGUGACAUUCCUGGACUCGCUGGCUGUCCCAGUGAUCCCAUCCCCGUUGGUCGGACAAGUCCUCGAAAACUAUGCCGCCUUCCGCAGCUCCAAGGAAGCUGUGGGAAAGUACCUCCCCAAGGUCCAUGCGCUGGCCUUUGUUGAGCUUGUCAAGCUGCUGCGGCUGUUGCUGAAGGAGCAGAGCCCGGCAGGGACCAUUACGAUCGAUAAGCUUGGUAUGUAUUCAUCCAUGCUCUGUUGCGACCGAUGCUUCCGGAACCCGGAGUGCACAUCCCGCGGAAAAGUGUCGGUCGGGAAAGGACGGACGCCGAGAAAAUGGCAAAUUUGGCAUCCCACCCGACAGUCUCCGCUGACGUAUGCGAUGCUCACGCACAUGUUAAUGCCUCGCUUCAAGGGCAAGUCUUUGUCCCGGUGCUGUUCAAGCCUGCGGCCGAAGCCGAUGCUGGAUCCAAGAAAUUCGCUCUCGGUGCAUCGCCGAACCUCUCCCCAACACGGAAAGCCGCAGCUCGGUCAUCGGGGAUCUUCUCGGUGGCUGCAUCGCUGUUCUACGGCUCGGCGGGAGUGGGUGCGGCCACCGUCAGCCCUGCAAAGAACGCUCUCGCAGUCGAGGCAGGGGUGGCGGCGACCCAGCCGUCCCUGGGAAGAGGCGAGAAGGACUCUUUCACGACCAAGGCAACGAUCUUCUUGAGCCACUUCCUGCACGACGAAAACCCAUUGUGAGCCGCGUGCUUGGGGCUGCAUAGCGAUGUCGACUUGGUGCGACAUUG